UUUCACAUUGAGCCCUGGGAGGGUCUUCCUCGGAGACACCCGAUACCUGCUUCUCUUCAGUGGCUUCCUGGCAAACAGUGAGGCUUGAAGCAGAUCUAAUCAAGCAUUCUUAUGUUCUUGGAGAAUACAACCACUGUGUAUUUUGCGGACUGCGGGAGUGGAUUGGAUGCUACAAUUUGGAAGCCCGAUUCAUGCCAGAACUGCCGUUGCCAUGGCAAUAUCGUUAUUUGCAAACCUGCUGUUUGCAGAAACCCUCAGUGUGCCUUUGAAAAGGGAGAAGUGCUUCGGAUAGGUGCCAACCAGUGCUGCCCUGAGUGUGUGCCGAGGACUCAUGGGUCUUGCCAUCACGGAAAGAACAUCCACGCGCACGGGACAGAGUGGGCCUCCCCCCCGUGUAGCAUGUGCUCUUGCACUCACAGAGAAGUGCGGUGCUCCCGCCAACCAUGCCCCCCGCUGCUGUGUGGACACCAGCAGCUGGAAUUCAUCCCUGAGGGAGGCUGCUGCCCAGUCUGUGUGGGCCCUGGGAAACCCUGUACCUACGAAGGCCGAGUGUUUCAGGAUGGGGAGGACUGGCCCCUGAGUCAGUGUGCCAAAUGUGUGUGUAGAAAUGGGGCCACACAGUGCUUUGCAGCUCAGUGUCAGCCUCUGUUUUGUAACCAGGAUGAAACUAUAGUUCGAGUCCCUGGAAAAUGUUGCCCACAGUGCUCUUCCCGAUCCUGCUCUGCAUCAGGCCGAGUAUAUGAGCAUGGUGAGCAGUGGAGUGAAAAUGCCUGCACCACGUGCAUAUGUGACCAGGGUGAGGUCAGGUGCCACAAACAGGCCUGCCCUCCAUUAAGAUGCGAAAAGGGUCAGAGAAGGGCUCAGCGCCACGGGGAAUGCUGUGAGGAAUGCGUGCCUUCUGCUGGGAGCUGCUCGCAUGGUGGGACUGUGCGUUACCAGGAUGAAAUGUGGAAGGGCUCGGCCUGCGAGUUCUGCGUGUGUGACAGUGGCCGAGUGACCUGCCAGAAUGGAGAGUGUGCCAAAGUGGAGUGUGCCCAGGAUGAAGAAUUAAUUCACUUAGAUGGAAAAUGCUGUCCUGAAUGCAUUUCAAGGAAUAGCUAUUGUGUUUAUGAAGAAAAUGCAGAAUUUAUGUCCUCAAAUGUGAGUGAAGUUAAACGUAUUCCAGAGGGGAAGAAGUGGGAGGACGGCCCUUGCAAGGUGUGUGAGUGCCAGGGGGCUCAGGUAACUUGCUAUGAGCCCUCUUGUCCACCAUGUCCAGUGGCCACCCUUGCCCAGGUGGCGGAGGGACGGUGCUGUCCACAUUGCACAUCAGCUCAUUGCCACCCAGACUGCUUGACCUGCUCUCAGUCUCGGGACCACUGUGACCUCUGCCGGGACCCCACAAAGCUGCUGCAGAACGGACAGUGUGUGCACAGCUGUCCUCUGGGAUUUUACCAGGCUGGUGCUCUCUGUCUAGCCUGCCAGCCUCAGUGCUCUACAUGUACCAGUGGGCUGGGGUGCUCUUCCUGCCAGCGCCCCCUGCUGAUGCAGCAUGGCCAGUGUGUGUCCACCUGCGGGGAUGGCUUCUACCAAGAUCGCCACUCCUGUAUAGUUUGCCACGAGUCCUGCGCGGCCUGCUGGGGCCCCACAGAGAAGCACUGCUUGGCCUGCAGAGCCCCCCUCCAAGUGCUGAAAGAGGGCCGCUGUGAGAGCAGCUGUGGAGAUGGGUUUUACAACAAGCAGGGGACCUGCAGUGCUUGUGAUCAAUCGUGUAAGAGUUGUGGCCCCAAUAGUCCCAGAUGUCUUACCUGUAUUGAGAAGACAGUGUUGCAUGAUGGGAAAUGCAUUUCCGAAUGCCCGGGUGGGUACUAUGCUGAUGCCACUGGAAGAUGCAAAGUGUGUCAUAACUCGUGUGCCAGCUGCUCUGGACCCACGGCCUCUCACUGUGUGGCCUGCAUCCACCCCCAGGCUCUGCGUCAAGGCCGCUGUCUGCCCAGCUGUGGAGAGGGCUUCUACCCUGACCAUGGGGUCUGCAAAGCUUGUCAUUCCUCUUGCCUGAGCUGUUUGGGACCAGAGCCCUCUCACUGUGUCCAGUGUAAGGAGCCAGAGGAAGGACUGCAGGUUGAGCAGGUGUCUGGGGCAAACAUCGCCUCUGGCAAGUGUCUGUCCCAGUGCAGAGCCCAGUUUUACUUGGAGAACACUGGGCUGUGUGAAGCUUGCCACCGGUCCUGCUCUGGGUGUGAGGGGAAGAGCCCACAUAACUGCACAGCCUGCUGGCCUUCCCACGUGCUGCUGAAUGGGCAGUGCCUCCCGCAGUGCCCAGACGGCUACUUUAACCAGGAAGGCAGUUGUACAGAAUGCCACCCCACCUGCAGACAGUGCCGCGGGCCAUCGGAGUCUGACUGCGUUUCCUGUCACCCGUACGUCGCCCUUGCUGGUGGGAACUGCAGGGCCAGCUGUAAGGAAGAGCAGUUCCUUGACCUCAUGGGGCACUGUGCUGACUGCCAUCCUCUGUGCCAGCACUGUGUGGCUGAUCUCCACAGCCCUGGGAGCAUCUGUCUGAGGUGCCAGAAUGACCGGUACCUGCUGCUAGGGGACCACUGUGCUCCCAGUUGCCCUUCUGGAUACUACACAGAGAGAGGAGCUUGUAAAAAGUGUCACUCCUCCUGCAGAACUUGCCAGGGCAGAGGACCCUCCUCCUGCUCCUCAUGUGGUGUCGGCCUCACCCUGUCCCACCGCGGCACCUGCAGCACCAGCUGCUUCCCAAGGCACUAUCCCGAUGACAACCAUGUUUGCCAGCCAUGCAAUGCCCAUUGUAGCAGCUGUGAUUCUCAGGCCAGCUGUACCUCCUGCCGAGACCCAAACAAGGUCCUGCUCUUUGGGGAAUGUCAGUAUGAGACCUGUGCCCCACAGCACUAUCUUGACUUCUCCACCAAGACAUGCAAAGAGUGUGACUGGAGUUGCAAUGCAUGCAGCGGGCCUCUGAGGACAGACUGCCUGCAGUGCAUGGAUGGCUACGUUCUCCAGGAUGGCGCCUGUGUGGAGCAGUGCUCACCAUCAUUUUACAGGGACCUGGGCUUCUGCAAAAGCUGCGACAGCCACUGUCUCCAGUGCCAAGGUCCCCAUGAGUGCACUCACUGUGAAGAGCCAUUUCUCCUAUUGGAAGCCCAGUGUGUCCAGGAGUGUGGGAAGGGGUACUUUGCAGAUCAUGCAAGUCACAAAUGCACAGCCUGCCCUCAGGCGUGCUCGCAGUGCAGCCACUGGGACCAGUGUCACCUCUGUGACCAUGGGUUCCUUCUGAAGAAGGGCCUUUGCAUUUCCAGCUGUGUUUCCGGCUUCUCUGUCCACUCCUCCAAUGAAACAUGUGCUGACAACAUACACACUCCCAGUCUUCAUGUGAAUGGCUCCCUCACUCUUGCAAUUGGUUCAAUGAAGCCCCUGGAUUUUUCCCUCCUGAAUGUCCACGACCAGGACAGCAGGGUUGACGAGCUUCUGUUUCACGUUAUGAGCACUCCCACCAAUGGUCAGCUAGUGCUCUCAAAGGAUGGAAAAGAGGUUCAGCUCGACAAGGCAGGCCGUUUUAGUUGGGAAGAUGUAAACGAGAAAAAAGUGCGUUUUGUGCACAGCAAAGAAAAACCCAGGAAAGGUUACUUUUUCCUGAAAGUUAGUGACCAGCAAUUCUUCUCUGAGCCACAGCUGAUCAACAUACAAGCAUUUUCAACACAGGCCCCCUAUGUGCUGAGAAAUGAGGGCCUCCAUAUUAGCCGAGGAGAGAGGAGCACCAUCACCACCCAGCUCCUUGACAUCCGAGAUAAUGACAACCCACAGGAUGUAGUCAUUGAAGUGCUCAGUCCUCCCCUUCAUGGCCAGUUGCUCCAAACCCUUCAGUCCCCUGCAACCCCUGUCUAUCAGUUCCGACUGGAUGAACUCUCCAGGGGCCUUCUCCACUACGCGCAUGAUGGCUCAGAUAGCACGUCUGAUGUUGUGGUCUUGCAGGCCAGUGAUGGACACUCCUUCCAAAAUAUACUGUUCCAUGUGAAGACUGUGCCCAAGAAUGAUGGGGGUCUUCGGCUUGUGGCUAAUUCAAUGGUGUGGGUUCCAGAAGGAGGGAUGCUGCAGAUUACCAACAGAAUCUUACAGGCCAAAGCUCCAGGUGCCAGUGCCUCAGAAAUCAUCUACAAAAUUACACAGGACCACCCCCAAUUCGGGGAAGUGGUCCUUCUGGCUAACAUGCCUGCAGACAACCCGGCAGAUGAAGGGCAGCACCUGCCUGAUGGGAGGACAGCAACACCCACCAGCACCUUCACCCAGCAGGACAUCAACGAAGGCGCCCUGUGGUACAGGCACUCGGGAGUGCCAGCCCAGGGUGACUCCUUCAGCUUCCAGGUGUCCAGGGCCACGGAGGCGCACGCCCACCUGGAGAGCCACAGGUUCAACAUCGCGAUCUUACCACAGAUGCCUGAAGCUCCUAAACUCUCCCUGGGAGCAUCUCUUCAUAUGACUGCUCGGGAAGAUGGUUUGACUGUGAUUCAGCCCCAUUCUCUCUCCUUUGUAAACUCUGAGAGGCCAAGUGGAAAGAUUAUAUACAACAUCACUCUACCUCUGCAUCCAAAUCAAGGGAUUAUUGAACACAGGGACCAACCUCACUCUGCCAUCCGGUAUUUCACACAGGAAGAUAUUAACCAGGGCAAAAUCAUGUACCGUCCUCCCGCUGCGGCUCCCCACUUGCAGGAGAUCAUGGCCUUCUCCUUCGCUGGACUCCCAGAAUUGGUGAAAUUCCACUUCACAGUUUCAGAUGGAGAACACGCAAGUCCAGAGAUGGUCCUCACCAUUCACUUGCUUCCCACUGAUCUGCAGCUGCCCAUGUCCCGAGUCACAGCUCCAUUGCUUGAGGUCAGCCCAGGAGGCAGCACUUCUCUAGGACUUGAGGUGGCAGUAGGGGAGACCGAGGCAGCACCUGGACAGCUCUUCUUUGAGCUUCGGAAGCCUCCACAGCAUGGUGUGCUCCUCAAGUACACAGCUGAGUUCCCAGGGCCCAUGGCCGCAGGUGAUACUUUCACAUAUGAGGAUAUUGAGAAAAAUGUUCUGCAAUAUCUACAUGAUGGCUCCUCUGCCCAGGAAGAUAGCAUGGAGAUCUCAGUGUCAGAUGGCAUCUCAGUGACAACUGUGGAAGUGAACGUGGAGGUGUCGGGGUCAGAGGGCCAGGGGCCGAGGCUGGCUGCUGGCGCCUCUCUGAGCAUUGCGGUUGCUAGUAAGAGCACAGCCGAAAUCACCAGGUCACACCUUGCUUAUGUUGAUGAUUCUUCAUCUGACCCUGAGAUCUGGAUUCAGUUAAGUUCUCUGCCCAUGUAUGGUGUUCUCUUAAGAAUCUCAGGACCUGAGGUGGAAGAACUCUCAGAGGUUUCCAAUUUCACAAUGGAAGACAUCAGCAACAAGAAAAUUAGGUAUUCAGCCGCUCUUGAAACUGAUGACCAUGUGGUUGCUGAUAGCUUCCGUUUCUCUGUCUCUGAUACGGACCACAACCGUCUGGACGAUCAGAUGUUUUCCAUCAUGAUCACUCCUGUUGAGAAUCCACCUCCAGUCAUUGCUUUCGCUGACCUUAUCACGGUUGAAGAGGGAGGGAGAGCCCCACUCUCGUUUCACCAUUUCUUUGCUGCUGAUGAGCAUGAGCACCUCCAGGGAGAUGCCGUCAUUAAACUAAGCGCUCUGCCCAAAUACGGCUGCAUUGAGAACACGGGAACAGGUGAUCGUUUUGGCCCUGGAACUACCAGUGACCUGGAGGCAUCGUUUUCUAUUCAAGAUGUCCUGGAAAACUACAUUUACUACUUUCAGAGUGUUCAUGAAAGCAUUGAGCCAACCCACGAUAUUUUUAGUUUUUAUGUAAGUGAUGGAAACAGUCAUUCAGAAAUCCACAGCGUCAACAUCAACAUUGAGAGGAAGAAUGACGAGCCUCCCAGGAUGACCUUGCGGCCCCUUGGUGUGCAGCUAGGCUCAGGAGUGGUGAUAAGCAAUUCUUCUUUGACCCUGCAAGACCUGGACACUCCAGAUAAUGAGCUGACUUUGGUAUUGACAAAAAAGCCUGACCACGGUCAUCUGCUCAGGAGGCAAACUGCUUCUGAGCCUCUGGAGAAUGGGAGGGUUUUAGCUCAGGGCUCCUCCUUCACCUACCAGGAGGUCCUGGCCGGGUUGGUUGGGUACAUGCCAGGUAGUCCAGGUGUGGCAAUGGAUGAGUUCCGGUUCUCCCUGUCCGAUGGCCUCCACACAGACACAGGCAGGAUGGAGAUACACAUACAGCUGCCUACAAGUGAUGCCCCCCACUUGGCUGUAAACCAAGGCCUACGGCUCUCAACAGGGUCUGUGGCACGCAUCACAGAACAGCACUUGAAAGUGACAGACAUUGACUCAGAUGAGCAUCAGGUGAUAUACAUCCUGAAGGAAGAUCCCAGCUCAGGGCGCCUGCAGAUGGUAAAGCCUGACAGCGUGGAGCAAAUCUCCGUUAAUGGCCCCAUCCGAAGUUUCACCCAGAUGGACAUUGGCCAAGGCCGUGUAGAAUACAGCCACAGAAAAGGAGAAUCUGGUGGGAGCUUUGCUUUUAAAUUUGAUGUGGUUGAUGAAGAAGGAAACAAAUUGACUGGCCAGUCAUUUUCCAUCAUUGUUUUAGAAGACAAAUCCCCACCAGUCAUCAUCACCAAUAAUGGGCUGAUCUUGGAUGAGAACUCAGUGAAGAAAAUCACGACUCUGCAGCUCUCUGCCACUGACCAGGAGGGCGAGCCUGCAGAACUGAUCUACAGAAUCGAUGGACAGCCCCAGCUGGGCCACCUGGAGCAUGCGGCAUCACCAGGUAUCCAGAUUAGUUCCUUCACUCAAGCUGACCUGACCUCACGAAAUAUUCAGUAUAUCCACACCAGUGAGACUGAGAGACAUUCAGAUGCCUUCAGCUUUACGCUGUCAGACGGAGUCAAUGAGGUGACUCAGACUUUCCACAUCACUCUUCGCCCUGUGGAUGAUUCACUGCCAGUUGUACAGAACAUAGGAAUGCAGGUCCAGGAGGGUGUGAGGAAGACCAUCACAGAGUUUGAGCUCAAGGCAGUGGAUGCAGACACAGAGGCCAAGUCUGUCACAUUCACCAUUGUGCAGCCCCCACGCCACGGCACCAUUGAGCGAACAACCAGUAAUGGGCAGCGUUCUCAGCACACCUCCACCUUCACCAUGGAAGACAUCUACCAGAACCGGGUCAGCUACAGCCAUGAUGGCAGCAACUCCCUCAAAGACCGCUUCACCUUUAUAGUUUCUGAUGGGACGAAUCCCUUCUUUAUUAUUGAGGAAGGAGGAAAAGAGGUUAUGACGGCUGCACCUCAGCAGUUCCGAGUAGCCAUCCUCCCCGUGGACGACGGCAGCCCUAGAGUCGUCACUAACCUGGGCCUUCAAUGGCUGGAGUAUAUGGAUGGCAAGGCAACCAACCUGAUCACCAAGAAGGAACUGCUGACCACGGACCCGGACACCGCAGACCUGCAGCUCGUCUAUGAGAUAACAGAAGGCCCGAAGCAUGGCUACGUGGAGAGGAAGCUGCAGCCUGGCCGGCCUGCUGUUACUUUCACACAGGAGGAUGUGAACUUGGGGUUGAUCCAUUACGUGUUGCAUGAGGAGAAGAUCCACGAGGUGAUGGAUAGUUUUCAGUUUCUGGUGAAAGACAGUAAGCCUAAUGUGGUGGGCGACAAUGUCUUCCAUGUUCAGUGGUCCCUCAUCAGCUUCAAAUAUACCAGCUACAAUGUCAGUGAGAAGGCAGGGUCUGUCAGCGUCACGGUGCAGAGGACCGGGAACCUAAACCAGUACGCCAUCGUCCUGUGUCGCACCAGGCAGGGCACCGCCAGCUCCGGCAUCAGCUCCCAGGCUGGACAACAAGACUAUGUGGAGUACGCUGGCCAGGUGCAGUUUGAUGAGCGAGAGGACACCAAGUCCUGCACCAUUGUCAUCAACGAUGAUGAUGUGUUUGAGAACAUUGAGAGUUUUACUGUGGAGCUCAGCAUGCCAGCAUAUGCCCUCUUAGGGGAGUUCACCCAGGCGAAGGUCAUUAUCAAUGACACUGAGGACGAACCCACAUUAGAGUUUGAUAAGAAGACCUACCGGGUCAACGAGAGCGCUGGUUUUCUGUUUGCACCUAUUGAAAGAAAAGGGGAUUCAAGCAGCAUUGUAUCUGCGAUUUGCUACACAGUCCCUAAGUCAGCUAUGGGAAGUAGCCUCUAUGCUCUAGAAUCAGGCUCUGAUUUUAAAUCUAGAGGGAUGUCUGCUGAGAGUCGUGUGAUAUUCGGGCCUGGUGUCACCAUGUCCACCUGUGAUGUCAUGCUCAUUGAUGACAGCGAGUAUGAGGAGGAAGAAGAGUUUGAGAUUGCCCUGGCAGAUGCCUCUGACAAUGCCCGCAUCGGAAAGAUAGCAUCGGCCAAGGUGCUCAUUAGUGGUCCCAAUGAUGCCUCCACCAUAUCCCUGGGCGACACAGCUUUCACUGUCAGUGAGGAUGCAGGCUCAGUGAAGAUUCCAGUUGUCCGCCAUGGGACCGACCUUUCUACUUUCACAUCUGUGUGGUGUGCCACACGGCCCUCAGACCCAGCUUCCGCCACUCCAGGAGUGGACUAUGUUCCCAGCUCGAGGAAGGUGGAGUUUGGGCCAGGUGUCACAGAGCAGUAUUGCACCUUGACUAUCUUGGAUGACACUCAGUAUCCAGUAAUUGAAGGGCUGGAGACAUUUGUGGUUUUCCUUAGCUCAGCACAAGGUGCCGAAAUGACCAAACCCUUCCAGGCUGUCAUUGCUAUUAAUGACACAUUCCAGGAUGUGCCUAGCAUGCAGUUUGCCAAGGAUUUGCUCCUAGUGAAGGAGAAAGAGGGUGUCCUGCACGUGCCCAUUGUUCGGAGUGGAGACCUGAGCUAUGAGUCAUCAGUGAGGUGCUAUACUCGGGGCCAUUCAGCUCAGGUUGUAGAGGACUUUGAGGAGAGAAGAAAUGCAGAGUCUUCACGGAUUAUCUUUCUGAAAGGGGACAAAAUGAAGAACUGCACGGUUUCCAUCCACGAUGACUCCAUGUUUGAGCCUGAGGAGCAGUUCAGAGUCUACCUCAGCCAUCCUCUUGGAAACCACUGGAGUGGUGCCAAAAUUGGAAAGAAUAACGUGGCCACUGUCACCAUAUCCAAUGAUGAAGAUGCCCCCACCAUUGAGUUUGAAGAAGCUGCAUACCAAGUCCGGGAACCCUCGGGGCCAGAUGCCAUGGCCAUCCUGAACAUUAAAGUGAUCCGCAGAGGGGAUCAGAACAGGACAUCCAAGAUUCGCUGUAGCACACGGGAUGGAUCUGCCCAGUCGGGUGUGGAUUAUUACCCAAAGAGCCGAGUCUUGAAGUUCAGUCCUGGUGUGGAUCACAUCUUUUUCAAAGUCGAGAUUCUGUCCAAUGAAGACCGGGAAUGGCAUGAGUCUUUCUCCCUGGUACUGGGCCCAGAUGACCCAGUGGAAGCAGCUCUCGGCGACGUGAGCACCGCCACAGUGACCAUCCUAGACCAGGAGGCGGCAGGCAGUCUCGUGUUGCCAGCGCCACCCAUUGUUGUCACACUUGCUGACUAUGACCAUGUAGAAGAGGUUACCAGAGAAGGAGUCAAGAAAGCCCCCUCUCCAGGCUACCCACUGGUCUGUGUCACCUCCUGUGACCCUCAUUUCCCCAAGUAUGCCAUCAUGAAGGAACGCUGCAGUGAGGCUGGCAUCAACCAGACGUCUGUGCAGUUCAGCUGGGAAGUGGCCAGCCCCACUGAUGGCAAUGGGGCCAGGUCUCCCUUUGAGACCGUCACUGACAACACACCAUUCACUAGUGUCAACCACAUGGUCCUGGAUAGCAUUUACUUCAGCCGGAGGUUCCAUGUGCGUUGUGUGGCAAAGGCAGUGGACAAGGUGGGCCAUAUGGGGACCCCCUUAAGGAGCAAUAUUGUUACCAUUGGGAUAGACAGUGCUAUCUGUCACACCCCAGUGGUGGCUGGGACAGCGAGAGGCUUCCAGGCUCAGUCCUUCAUCGCAACCUUGAAAUACCUGGAUGUCAAGCACAAGGAGCAUCCAAACAGAAUCCACAUUUCAGUGCAGAUCCCUCACCAGGAUGGAAUGCUGCCCCUUAUCUCCACCAUGCCAUUGCACAACUUGCAUUUUUUGUUAUCUGAGUCCAUCUACAGACACCAGCAUGUCUGCUCCAAUCUUGUCACCACCCACGACUUGAGAGGCAUCUCAGAUGCAGGGUUCCUGGAUGAUGCAGUCUAUGACAGCACAGCCCUCGGGCCUGGCUAUGACCGCCCCUUCCAGUUUGACCCCAGCGUGCGGGAGCCCAAGAGCAUCCAGCUCUACAAGCAUCUGAAUCUGAAGAGCUGCGUCUGGACCUUUGAUGCCUAUUAUGACAUGACCGAGUUAAUUGAUGUCUGUGGGGGGUCUGUAACUGCUGACUUCCAGGUGAGAGACUCUGCCCAGUCCUUCCUGACAGUGCACGUGCCUCUGUAUGUGUCGUACAUCUACGUGACGGCCCCCAGGGGCUGGGCCUCCUUGGAGCACCACACCGAGAUGGAGUUUUCCUUCUUCUAUGACACUGUUCUCUGGAGAACAGGAAUCCAGACAGACAGUGUGCUCUCUGCAAGGCUGCAGAUAAUACGAAUCUAUAUUCGAGAGGAUGGUCGUCUCGUCAUUGAAUUCAAGACCCAUGCGAAAUUCAGAGGACAAUUUGUGAUGGAGCACCACACCCUCCCUGAUGUGAAAUCAUUCAUAUUGACACCAGACCACCUAGGAGGAAUUGAAUUUGACCUGCAGCUCCUAUGGAGUGCUCAGACUUUUGAUUCUCCAUAUCAACUCUGGAGAGCCACAAGCUCUUAUAACAGGAAGGACUACUCCGGGGAGUACACCAUCUACCUCAUCCCCUGCACGGUACAGCCCACGCAGCCAUGGGUCGACCCAGGGGAGAAGCCUCUGGCCUGCACUGCACAUGCCCCAGAAAGUGCCAUCAUUUUCAGUGUUUUAUGCUUUUUAUUGGUGAUUUCGCUGUUUAUAAUGGCUCCCAAACAUAUGGCUGAAGUGCGGUCCAGUCCAGCUGAGUGUGAGGAGGCUGGAUGGGCCUUAGGGGCACUGGGUCAAAUCCUUUAUGGCCGAGUACUGUGGAAUCCAGAACAAAACCUUAACUCUGCUUACAAACUCCAGCUGGAGAAAGUCUAUCUUUGUACUGGCAAGGAUGGCUAUGUGCCUUUCUUUGAUCCCACGGGGACCAUCUACAACGAAGGACCACAGUAUGGAUGCAUUCAGCCUAACAAGCACCUGAAGCACAGAUUCCUGCUGCUGGACCGCAGUCAGCCUGAGGUAACUGAUAAGUACUUCCAUGAUGUGCCCUUUGAGGCCCAGUUUGCUUCCGAGUUGCCUGAUUUCCAUGUGGUCAGUAGCAUGCCAGGUGUGGAUGGAUUUACUCUGAAAGUAGAUGCACUCUAUAAGGUGGAGGCGGGACACCAGUGGUAUCUCCAAGUGAUCUACAUCAUUGGCCCUGGCACCAUCGCAGGGCCCCGGGUCCAGCGCUCUCUCACGGCCCCUGUGAGGCGCAGCCGAAGGGACCUCGUGGACCCCAGCAGCCAUCUGACCCUUGAUGAUUCCCUCAUCUAUGACAAUGAAGGGGACCAAGUCAAGAAUGGCACGAAUAUGAAGUCCCUGAAUCUGGAGAUGCAGGAGCCAGCUGUAGCUGCUUCUCUGUCCCAAACUGGGGCAUCUGUUGGCAGUGCUCUUGCUGCUGUCAUGCUUCUACUUCUGGUGCUUUUGGUGGCUUGUUUCAUCACCAGGAAAUGCCAGAACCAGAGGAGGAAACCGCCCCCAGAGGACAUUUUGGAGGAAUACCCCCUGAACACCAAGGUGGAUAUGCCCAGGAGGAACCUGGACAGGGUGGAGAAGAAUGUAAACAGACACUACUGCACCGUGCGGAAUGUCAACAUACUGAGUGAAACUGAGGGUGCUUACUCAUUCAAAGGUGCCAAAGUAAAAAAAUUGAAUCUGGAAGUCCGAGUUCACAACAAUUUACAAGAGGGAACAGAAGUUUAAUGGAGGAGACCCAUGUGUAUUUUUUUCUAAAUCAUUUUUAUAAAACGGGGUAAAAUACUGUUAUUUUUAUAGCCUCACAGAUUACAAAGGGAAGACUAUAGCUUUGAGUGGUGGGAGGCACACAUCACAUGCAUCAACACACAACUGAGCUACCUCAUUAAGCAAAGAACCGCUAAGACCCCCAGAGUACUAGCAUAGAGUUCUUCCGGUAGACCCCUCUAAUAGUCUCAGUAGGUACAAAUUGCUCCUUCUGUUAGGCUGAUCUUAGAAAGCAAGUGUUUUAAUAUUAGGAUGGGGGUUGGACUAUUAGGUUAGCUGCAGGAGUUCAGAGGGCUGGGCAAUGUACUGUGGCAGAUCUCAGAAAGAGAGCGGGGUCCAGGCCUUUGGUUCCCCACCACCACCUCCAGCUCUCUUACACCUGGGCUUUUCUUCGGCCUCUGCACAGCAGAGUUCAUAUUGCCUACACCCAGCCCAGAUUCCAUUUAGAGUUCUGCUAAUCAGCAUAACUGAUAGAUUUGCUCAUUACAGCCGCCCAACAGCCUGCACUCCGUGGCUUUGAAUUGAACUCUGCAUUUUCACAGCCCUUUUCACAUGGGGGUUUCAAAGUGCUCUCGACUAGAGCACCUCUCUGCAACCUGGGCGUGCCCUGUCAGACGUCUGGCAAGCUCAACUCCAUUUCAGAGGGGGAAAGAGACAUGGGGAAAAGAGGGGCCUGGCAAGCAUCUCAGAGCACCUUAGUGAUGUGCCAUGCCAGGCCCGGGGGGUAUCCCUGUGUCUUCUCUGAUUAAGGAUACUACAGAGCAAGAUGGAUGCACCUGGCGUUUUUAUUCUACAUUGCCAUGGAUGCUUAAAAUACCCACCAUGCUUUGCUUGCUGGGAGCUGUUUUAUUCUGUUAGGGUUCUAGGAAAGUAAGUUAUUCACUUGAAGAGAACAAAUCAGGAGAAAGCCCAGGUCAGAGCAAAAUCAGUCAGUAGAUACCAGCUAGCACUCACAGCAGAUUGAAGUGUGAGUACAGCAGAUGAAGGCACCAGUCCUCUUAGUUUGUCAGGGGUGUCUCUUCUGGGGGUUCUUUUCUGGUAGCUCAGGCACUUAUUUUACCGUAUCAGCACAUGACAAGACCAUAGCCACGUGGCUUUAAAAUGAUUAGUGUUCAAAUAGCAGCUUAAUGAUUUUGUAUGUAGUGUGCACACAGCUUGCUUUUGUGAUUCUUUGUUUCUGCCUUAUUGGCAAAAAACAUAAGCAUGCAUGUCACGUUGUUUUGAAUUGGAGGCACAAUUUCAUUGUUCAGGAGUAAAAUACAUGUUCUCUUCCUGAUGCAUGGCACACCAUAACCACUGAGCAAAUAACAGGGCACUUGCAUUGUGUAAUAUUUGUAUUAGAAUGACCCAAGCUCUCUGAGAACAUUCCAGACUGGACACACUUUGGCACUAGAAGCUAGAAACGGACUGUGAGAGGUUGUAGGCAACUCCACCAGACUCCAGACUGCUUGAGAGAAGGACUUGUGUGAGCUGUACCUUUGGUUCUCAGCAGUGCCUUGCACAUACCAAGCAUUCUAGAAAUAUUUGUGAAGUAAACAACUGAGUGGUGUCAUGGGUGAAUGAUAGAGGAAUAAAUUUACAAAGAGGAGGUGAGAGAGUGUGGUGGCAAUAUUCACAAGGGCAAGUAGAGAAAAAAAUAUCCAAAACUCUCUCUUCUAUUUGGAUUAUAAAAUAAUCUCUUUGGAACAAAGAAGCUCCACCUGAUAAAGAAUGAAGAUGGCAUGGUCUUAAGGAGGACUGAACAGAAAAAUCUUAAUAAUGUAUUAGCAGGAGGUGACACCAUGAAUCAGUUUCCAGAGCAAGACAUUCAGAGGAAAGUCUAAAUUUCAUUCUAAGAUGAGCACAAUAUUUUCAGGAGAGGAAUGAAUUGGGGUGAGCCUAGGGCCUGACACUCCUGACUGGUCAGGUGCUGCAUGAGGCCAGCUUGGGGAAGAACUUCUGUAUUGGCCUCAUGAACAACAUGGUGUCUCAUGGCUGGAGAGCUCAUCGGUCAGGCCUGGAAUCUUCUGCAGAACAACCUGGAAGGCUAAUGCUUAUUUUGCAAGGACAGGAAGCCUGUCAUUUGUGGAGCAACUUUUGAUUUGGCCUGUUAUUUAUAACUGCUCCUAGUUGCCAGAAUGCUUACCCUUCCAUUUGCUCCAAUAUUCUUGACCAUCCCUUCCCUUAUUACCAAAUAGGACACAUACAUGGGAAGUGUGCAGACAUAAGGUAGAACGAAGCUAGUGUGGGAAGGGAUGGAGAGUGAGAUCUCAGAGUGCUCUUAGCAUCCCCAGGUACGUGGUGGUUGAGUGACAGGCAGCCUUCUGUGAGGACCUUCAGGGAGGAAAGUGUCUGUGUAAAAGGAAAGCCCUUGGGACACUCCUGCUUCCCUUUCUUUCUGCCUUCCCCCACUGCAUGCACUUCACCGAGUGCUCUUUUCUCUGGUGUAUGCACACUCAUUCAACAGAAAGGGUCAAGAUGUGAAGCUGAGUUGUGCUCCUUUGAUACAGGAUUUUUCAUUUCGUUUAUGUUUUAUACUUUACAUUAAAGAUCAGAUCAUUUGGUUACUGAUGUGAGAUUAUAUUUCAAUCAAAGCUCUCCUUUUGGUUCUCUAACUUGCUCACUAAUGCCUCACAUGCAUUUUACUAACGUUUUAUACCAUGCUUUUAGGUGAGAAGUAACAGAAAACCCUGAAGACUUGCUAUUUGCUAUCACAGGCUGGCUGUGAAAGUUAAAGAAAAGAGUCUAUGCCUUUUUUUCUGCCUUACUGCCCUUAUAUUGUACCCCAGGCCUCCUGAAAGACUCCUGCAGAUGCAGAAAUAGCGUGGAAUGUGUUUGCACAGUCUCAUGAUAUUCAGUCUCAUCUAUAGGUGUUCAUUAUCCCUGGGUACUAUAAACCUGCUCAGACUGAAUACAACAUUUGUGGUGCUGUCGACCUGAUUUCUGGACUCAAGUGAUUUUUGUAUUUCCAAUAUCAAUUUGUGUGUUAUGAAUUUCUGAUUGCUCCAAUAGCAUAUGCCACUAUAUAAAUUUGUAUUAAUAAAUGACAGUCUGGUUGUGGGC